AUGUCCAGUGGGAAACGAAGAAAUCCGUUGGGAUUAUCUCUUCCGCCGACAGUUAACGAGAACAGCGAGAGUGGAGACAACACUGUGGUUUUUUACUUUUUAUAAAAAUAUUAUUCGAUCGACCUCAUUUGAAGGAAGAGCCCUCAAAUCUUGUACCACUCGAUGAACAACUCAAAAAGCUAGGGCUCACAGAACCUCAAAAGCAACGACUUAACGAGUGGAUUCAAGUGAAAGAAGCAAUACAGGUAAGUCUAUGAAAAAAGGAGAUUUGAAAAAUUAUAUUAAUGAAGAAUAGAAAAAAAAAUUUCUAGAAACGCGUUUUAACUCUCUAGAUUUAACUUGGGAAAAAAAUUGAAAGAAUUUUUCUGUAAUUGAAGUUAUUGGAUACACAUUUUCGGAAGAUUUUUCUAUAUUUUCAGGUUAAUUUUAUUGUUCAACGCAUUAAAUUAAGAACGAAAAUUUGUUUUCAGGAGCUCACUGAGGACGUUCUCGAUAAUCAAGGCGAGUUGGGUCAUGGGAACGGAGGAGUUGUUCAUAAAGUUAGUGUUUGCUGUGAUAAACUUGUUUUAUUUGGCCUCAGGUUUCGCAUAAGAACAAUGGGGUUGUUAUGGCUCGGAAACUGGUGCACCUCGAGGUGAAACCCUCGGUGCGUCAGCAAAUUGUCAAAGGUUCUGACAUCAUUUCUUCGUUCAUUUUCUAAUGCAUUUUUUGAAGAACUCUCCGUUCUGCAUAAAUGCAACAGCCCGUACAUUGUCGGCUUUUACGGGGCUUUCAUUGACAACAACGACAUCUCGAUUUGCAUGGAGUAUAUGGACGGACUCUCACUCGACAUUGUAAUGAAAAAGGUACAGUUCGUAG